CAGUUCCCCCGUCUCUGCGGAAGGAGGCAUUUGGUGGUGCGGUGUGUGACUCCUACCAGCUGUUUCCCGCCUUGAAAGCAAUCCGAUCAGCUGCACACACAUCAACACACACUCACACACACAGAGACACGGUCAUGCAGAGGGGGAAAGCAAAGGGGAGGGAGAAGGAGAGGUAGAGCGCCACACACAACGAGGGAACCCCAUCAGCUGGAAGUCGAGUAACAUUACAACUCUCGGUAGCCUCAAAAAGAACUACAAUACACGGACGAGGGAUUCGGAUUUACUUUGAGGAUUUAACCCGCGUCGGAUCACGGGAUUUUUGUCAGCUGUUUCCCUUUAAUCUAGGGAGACUGCCGUUUUGUUUUUUUGUUUUUUUUAAUUUUGGUGAAGGGGGCCAAGCUGGCGAGAGGCGAGCAUGGAGUAUUUCAUGGUUUCAGCUCAGAAGGUGCCCCCGCUGCAACAUUUCAGGAAAACGGAGAAAGAAGUGAUUGGUGGUCUCUGUAGUCUGGCCAACAUUCCUCUGACCCCAGAAACAGCCAGGGACCAAGAGAGGCGAAUUCGCAGAGAGAUCGCCAACAGCAACGAGCGUCGGCGUAUGCAGAGCAUCAAUGCUGGAUUCCAGUCACUUAAAACACUCAUCCCACACAGUGAUGGGGAGAAGCUCAGCAAGGCUGCAAUCUUGCAACAGACAGCUGAGUACAUCUUCACUUCGGAGCAAGAGAAGACACGGCUAUUGCAUCAGAACAGUCAGCUCAAACGAAUCAUUCAGGAGUUAAGCGGUUCCUCCCUGAAGAGGAGACGUGCAGAGGAGAAAGAUGAAGGCAUCGGCUCACCAGACAUCCUGGAGGAGGAGAAGACUGAAGACCUGAAGAGGGAGAUGAUUGAGCUGAGGCAGCAGCUGGAAAAGGAGCGAACAGUCAGGAUGGUGCUGGAGGAUCAGAUGCGCUCCCUGGAUGCUCAGCUAUACCCAGAGAAGCUGAAGGCGAUCGCCCAGCAGGUCCAGGAGCAGCAAGCCCAGACUCAGAGUCUUGUUCAUCUGCAGAAGCAGCUAGAGAGGGACCUCACUCCAGCACACAGCCCCCAGGUGUUGGCUCCUGCUACCCCGCCGGCACCCACACACCAUGCCACCGUCAUCGUUCCUGCACCUGCACAGACUCCCCAGUCCCAUCAUGUUACCGUAGUAACCAUGGGCCCAACAUCGGUUAUUAAUUCUGUGUCCACAUCUCGACAGAACCUGGACACCAUCGUUCAAGCAAUCCAGCAUAUCGAGGGCACCCAGGGAAAGGGUUUUGAGGAGGAGCAGAGGAGGGCGGUCAUCGUUACUUCGGGGCGCAUGCUCUCUGACGCGACGGGCUCAGACACGGCAUCGAACAGCGACGGACCCGACGAGUCUUCGCUGCCAUGAGCUCGUCUCCCUGAAGGCUCGUGUACCGUACACCUUCAUACACACACACACUCACAGACAAAAGGGCCCCAGAGCAGACCAGGGCUACGGGAGACUACAAGCUCACAGCACUCUUGAUCAGUGGGCAUAAACCAGGCUGGUAGUUGGAUUAUAGCACUCAUUUUGACUUGUUUGUUUUUGUUUUUCUCUUCAACAGAUUUUAUGAAAAUAGGCCCCUGAAAAGGUUUACAAUUACACAUGCAUACCCAUAGUUUCUCUCUUUUUUUUGCUUACCUCCAGCCUCAGCUCUUUUACUCACCUACACAAACUCUUGUCUCUUCGUGAAUCUAUGGAAAUAUAAUUAAAGCUACUACUUUGCAGAUUGAUUUUUAUAGACUCGGUCAAACUGGAAACUGGAUAAAUAUCUCCAUUAGCUGCUGGGACUGUCCUCCUCGCGCUGUGACUGAUCAAAGAAACGGGAAAGAGGCCCACAUGUGUGACACCGGCAUGCUUCACCUGAGCGUAAAUAUUAUGAAGAUUGAUGCCCUAUCAAACAGCUUCACUCGAGAACUAUCCGAGCUGUUUGCAAAGACACUGUGAGCUUGCAAGACUGUCCUUAAAGUUUUUUGUUAUUUUAUUGUUGUUAAAGUCAUAUUUUUCAUGUUUUUCCUCUUAAAGUCUCCACUAGAACGUUAAAACAAAAUCUAAAAGCUGUUUUAAUGGCUGACUGGUGCUCAUAUGAUAAGAGAGUGCACUUACUGGUUCAAAACUCCAGUUUUGUUUAGUUUAGUUUUUUUUUGUUUCUUUUGCUGGGCUGGGAUCCCAGUAAUCCCACAUCUUGCCUGUACUGUCCUUACUGUUGAUAUCCUCCACGUUUUGAGUAUAAAAGCACCUGACCUAGUAUUUAAGCUAGUAUGUGGGCCAUGUUGAGUACUUUUGAGGAGUGUGUGUCUCUCGAGUGUUUUGAGGCAGCAGGGUUUAGUGGUGCCCGGGACUCUGGUAGUCUGAAACACCGCCACUUUAGCCUUGGAACACACGACUCGUUUAUGUGAAAAGGACGCAUACAAUCACUUAUUCGUUCGAUCUUAAGAGCCUGUUUCAUUGUUUGUUCCACCUUUUGGAACUACUCACACCUCACAAACUGUUAGGGAUAUUUGGCAUUUGGGUAAAUAUGGAAAACGUAAAGAGAUCAUGCUACAGUGAUAUUAUAUCAUAAAAGUAGGAUACUUAAGUAAAGGCAUGCUACGGUGAUUUCCUCAUCUCAAACAAUUUAUUGAAACAAAAUCCAACAACUCCUGCUGUUCACUUGUCAACUUAUUGCCUGCUGAGGCAUGGCCUUUCUUGAAGGGUGACCCUAAGGUCGUUGAGGAUCUAGGUUACAGAGUUACGCGCUUCUAGAUGGUGACUCAGCUGAUCCCAUAGGUUUUCUGUGGGAUUCAGCUCUGGAGAAAGGGCAGGCCACUCCAUUCAAGGUGCCCCAUUCUGCAACAGCCAUUCCCUAAUGAUGUGACUUCGAUUAGCCGGAGCAAUGUCGUCCAUGAAGAUGAAAUUAGGCAAGACCAUGAUGCCUGAGCCUCAUCAUCAUUCCAGGCACAUUCCUUAAAUGUGCCUGGAGUUGAGUGGCAUUCAUCAUACGGUUUCGCAGGGCACCAUUCACACUGAAGCGGUCAUCAGUGUGGCAUUUGGCCAAAGGGCGUCCACUUCCACAUCUCCUCUGACUCUUCCAGUCUCUCUGUGUCUUUGUUGCAACCUGCUGAUGACACUCUAAGCUCAGUGACCAAUUCUGUCUGAGAAGAGGAAGUUGUGCAAAAAGCACUGAAACAUUGAACAGUUGGACAUGUUCAUUCAAAGGUUUAAAGAAAAUCACAUUAAGUUCACUGGUAAAGGUUAUAGUUUAUUUCAGCAUAAUCCUGAAAUUUCGCCAGAAAGACGAAUAUCCCUAUCUUUUUGUGAGUAGUGUUUAUCAAAUGAGAGUAUGGUGAAAUUUAAAGAAAAAGCCCAAUGAACUUGUUUGAGUGUGCCAUUAAUGGGGGACACUGGAUUUUACUACAUAUGCUCUAUGCAUUUCCUAACAUCCGUACUUUUUGUGUAUUUUCCGUUUAACCUUUAAAUGUAAUGACUGAUUGACCUGUCCCAAAUAGAGGGGUUGCAGCUUGCCUUAUUAUUGGCUGCAGGGAGGCCAUCCUUUCAUACAGCUUCAGGGAACAAUCUGGACGCUUUUCAUUUGGUGGCAAAACAUUUUUACCUCUGUGAUCAGGCUUGUAAACACCAGAUGUAUGCCAUUACAUAUAUUUCCAUUUAUAUAGUUAUUUUAUGUUUUGUUUUUUUCAUUACGUUUGCCCCAGAAUGAAACAUUGCUAAUGUACACACUAUGAUUAGGGUAAAUUAAUUUAAUUUUAAUUGUGUUUGGAUAUACAGUGCCUUGCAAAAGUAUUCAAAACUUUUUAUUAUAUAUUGUCACAUUAAAUCAGCAGUCUUUAAUGCUUUUACUUUUAUGGGGUAGACCAACACAAGGUAGUGGAUCACUGUGGCGUGGAAGGGAAAUGAUACAGGGUUUCUUAAAUUUCCUCAAGCAGGUUGUUUUUUUAUGUGCAGCAAAGUCAGCUGAUACCAUGUAUUAUGAUGGGGUUGGUUUGUUCAUGAUAAUGUGAAGUGUUAGUUUGCCCCUGAUUUUCAGUUGAAUUUAGGUCUGGACUUUGACUAGGCUAUUCUAACACAUGCUUAGAUCUAAACCAUUUCAUUGUAACUCUGGCUGUAUGCUAGAGGUGCUGUCGCUCUGGAAGGUGAACUCCCAUCCCAGUCUCAAGUCUCAACAGGUUUUCUUCCAGACAGUAUUGAGCUAAAUUCAUCUCCUAUCAGUUCUGACCAGAUUCCCUGUACCAGCUGCAGAAAAGCAUCCCCACCGCAUGAUGUAGCGACUACCAAGUUUGAGCAAUGGGGACCUUGUGUAUAGCUCAUCUGCAGUGUAUGCUUUCUACCACUCAUAUUACUUUGGAGGUGGGCUAUUGCUUGUCUCACCUGGCUCGAGCACCUUCUUCCACAUUUUUGCUGUGUCCCUUACAUGGCUUGAGGCAAAUUUCAGGACACCUUAUGGCUUUCUUUCUUUUUGUAAGCCCAGAUUUGCACAAAGGUUGACUCUAUUUACGUUAUGUUAGAUUUAUCACAUAAAGUGUAACUGAAUAAAUGGAAACUUGUGGUUGUUGCAUGCCAAAGUGUAAAACAGUUCAAGGGGUACUUUUGCAAAGCACUGUAUGUGUAGUUCUGAAAGCUUUUGAGCUCCUAAGUGUGAAAUAUGUGGGAAAAAAACUUCCAUACUAAGACAUUCCAAGAAGUCAUAUUGAAGGUUUCCUGCGAUCCUGCAGAAAAACCGAAUCACGUUUUGGACUCUUUGGCUAAUCUCAGCAUUUAGAUGCAACUGUGCAAAGAUUAAGCUUUGAACUGCUGGACAGGCGAGUUAAAGCCGAACACUCCUCUUCAUGAUCUGUGUGUUGGGAAUUCCCCUUUUAAACCUGUUGAUGUCAGGUGCGUAGGUUGUUGUUAUAGGAACAUGGGGGGGUGACUGAAAAACUGAAGAUUCUUCUGGUUCCUCCCAGUAUCUGCAUUGGAAAGUGUUCCUGCUGAUUCCAAGAACUGGUUACUCUCCAUGCAUCUGUCUUUAUUCUGUGUUUUGCGUUACAAAGUUAUAAUGUGGGCAUAUCAGAUUGUCGGAUUAGUGGGGGAGGGACUAAGGAUCACUAAAUAGGGCGAAGAUUACAAAGCACUUACUGUAAUGUACUGGAGUUUGCCUCUUUUUUAUGUGUAAAGGAGGAUCUCCUCAUCUGAAGCUCUUGAGGUUAUGAUUAAAAAAACGCACAGCUGUGUAUCCCCCUCUCCUCCAUGUCAGUCCUCCUACAUUUACCAGUUUACCCUUCAUCUUUUUGCAUCUUUUAUCCAGUUGUAUCAUUUUUUUCUUUUCAUCUUUACAGCUCAGUUUCUUCCCUCUUGUGUUUUUGUUUUUUUCUUCCUUUGUUUCCUUUUUUUUUUUUUGUACUUUGUUAGACCGGUCAGUGCAUAUGGUCAUCAAGAAGCUAUUUUGUUUGGUUUUUGUUUAUGUUUCGGGGAUAAAGAGGCUUGUGCCUUUGUAAAGACAGAAUAAUAAAGUUUGUACUUUGUUUUUUAAACA